AUGCUUAUGAAAUUUCUUGUAAGUGCAUUUGAACGAGCGAGAUCAAAAUUAACUGUGACACGUUCUGACGAACGAUUUCGAUCAGACUCACAUAUUAAAAUAAGCAAUAUUGAUUCAAAGUGCAAUAGACAAAAUGAAUCUUCAGGAGCAUUUAUUAUUCAACGACAACCUCGUUCAUCAUUAUCAAAAUGGUUAUGUACCACACCGAUAAUCACAAGUCGAUCGAUUUCUUCAUCGAAGUCAAAUAAAGUACGUCGAACUAGUUCAUGGCGUUCUUUGAAAGAGCAUACAAAUAACUCGAUUGUUUCAAGAACAUUUUCUGUUGAUCAACUUCAUCGUAACAGUAAAAAAUUUCGAAAUACACAACAACAAAAUCCAUCACCUUCUUCGUUGAUUGAUGCUACUCAUUGUAGUCAAAAACUACCUAAUGAUACGAAAAACUAUACUCAUUUCGAUCGAUUAUCAUCAACACUGGUGAAUUAUUCUAAUUCACAGAAAGCAUCACAACGUCGACAUAGUCAAAAGCAAUUUGAACAGCAAAUGCUUUUAACAUUAUCACAGCGUAGUACUGAAUGUGACUCAGGUUAUUCAGAAGAAAAUUUUGCAACGAGAUCAUGUAAACGUUCAUUACAUACAUCAUGUCCACAUUGUCACUGUGAACAACGUUCAUCGUUUGAUAAUUAUAAAAAAUUAAGAAAUAAUUCAUCAACAGAAUCAUCUCCGUCUGAUAUAGUUAUUAAAAAUGAAAUUCGAAAAUCAUCUGAUACUGAUUGUUAUAAUAACGAGAAUGUAUUUGCCAGUCAAUCCUAUCCACAUAUUAAAUCAAUAUCGAAAACAAACAUUCAAGCGCAACAAAAACUAACUCGAACUCUUUUAGAAAAGCGGCGACGAAAUCUUUCAUGUGAUAGUUCACUUUGGAUGAGAACGCAAACACAAAAACCAACUAUUUUAACAGCCUCUCCAGUGUUUUCUGAAUCUAAUCAUCUUUCCCUUCAACGGCAUUUGACGACAAUUGAUAUGAAAUAUUUUCAUCCAGUAGCAACACAUGAAAAACUAAAUUCAAAUGUAUUUGGUGAACUUAAUUUAGCUGCUAUUGAACGUGAUUCUCUUCGAACAUCAGCUUCAUCAUCUUCUUCUUCGAUUUCAAUGAAUAAUGAAAAAAUUCAUCAAAAACGUAAAUAUCUCGUUUGGCAUGAAUAUAAAAAUUCAUCUUUACUAUCAGCAACGAAUGGAGCAAGCAUAUUUUCGGUUAUACGCGGUGAUCAAGUACAUCUAUUAGAACGUAUUGGAAAGUCAACAUUAAUUGUACAAAAAGAAACAGAUGGUUCAAUUGGGUUUUUACCUCAGUCCUGUUUAGCAUACCAUCAGAUCGACUCGUUUUUAUCUCUUAAAGGUUUAAAGGAAACUGUUUUGUAA